CUCUUCCUAUCCCUCUAUUUUUCGUUUCUGUAACAUGGCCAACACAGUGCUUAACAAAGCUUUCUUCUUCUUCCUCUUCUUCUUCUUUAUUCAGACCAAGCAAGAUAACCCAUGUCCUUAUCCAAGUUACCCACCACCAACAGGCACCAGAGGAGGCGGUGGCGCAGUCACUCAAACGCCUCCAGCUAGUUAUUCACCACCUUCACAAACGGGAGUAUACCCUCCACCUACAGGGAACCUACCAUACUACACACAACCACCACCUGAUGGUGGUAAUUCUUUAUACGGUCCGCCUCCUCCUGACCCUAUCUGGCCGUAUUUCCCGUACUACUAUAGAAAACCUCCGCACCAGACGGAUGAUCAGUCAUCGGGAACAACAGUUACGCAUGGAAAAUCAAUCUUCAACAUCACAGCUACCACAAGUCUUCUCGUAUUUAUUAUUCUAGUUAUUUCUAGUCUAGGGAAUUACUAGCUAGUUAAA